CAGCAGCAGGUCUCGUAGUUGGAUGUGUCAUUGUAGGAUUUGUUGUAUUUUUCAUCCUUCUCGGAAUUGUACUCGUUUGCUAUAAGCGUAGGAGUAGAAAGAACAAUACUAUUCCGGAUGAUUACCAUAAAUCACCGUCCUUGGGACCAAAAGAUGGCUCUUAUGAUGUGGUACAGCCCCAUCAAAAUGUUCAUCAACUUGGCGUCCAUGUUAUCAGGGUGCUAUCCAGUACCUCAACAUCUCCAAUGCGUCGUGUCACUGGCUCUGAUGUUUCAUAUGCACAUCAACCUCAGUGGCUUGGUUUUCCCAUGGACACCUCAAAUGGAACUUUUACCUAUGAUCAGUUGUUGGUAGCCACAAAUUGGUUUUCAGAUGCCAAUCUUCUUGGACAAGGCGGUUUCGGGUAUGUCCACAAGGGGGUACUUCCAGGUGGGAAGGAAGUUGCAGUGAAGCAGCUAAAGUCAGGAAGCCGGCAAGGGGAGCGGGAGUUUCAGGCAGAGGUUGACAUCAUUAGCAGGGUGCAUCACAAGCAUCUAGUUGCAUUAGUGGGGCACUGCAUUAAGGGGGCUGAGAGGUUGCUUGUAUAUGAGUUUGUUCCAAACAACACCUUAGAAUUCCACUUACAUGGACUAGGACAGACUGUUUUGGAAUGGGACAUUCGAUUGAAAAUAGCUAUCAGCUCUGCAAAAGGACUAGCUUAUCUCCAUGAAGAUUGCUAUCCGAAAAUCAUUCACCGCGAUAUCAAGGCAUCUAAUAUUCUUGUGGAUCAGGAUUUUGAAGCAAAGGUUUGUGAUUUUGGACUGGCCAAAUCGUUCUCUGAUACCAACACUCACAAUACUCACCUUUCCACUCGAGUGGUGGGAACAUUCGGGUACCUUGCUCCUGAGUACGCAUCGAGCGGAAAAGUCACAGAGAAAUCAGACGUGUAUUCAUAUGGGGUUGUACUUCUAGAACUUAUAACUGGCCGUCCGCCUAUCAGUACAAUAGAAUCCUUAAGAAAUGAAGGUCUGGUUCAGUGGGCAAGGCCAUUGCUCACUCAAGCACUGGAAGAAGGUGUCUUUGAUGGUCUUGUGGAUCCAAGAUUGGAGACAAAUUACAAUGAGAACGAGAUGGCUAGAAUGGUUGCCUGUGCCGCUGCUUGUGUACGACAUUCAGCAUGGCUUCGACCACAAAUGAGCCAGAUAGUCAAUGCCUUAGAAGGAGUUGCCUCAUUGAUGGAUCCAGAAGGUGUUACACCAGGAAACAGUGCAGUAUACAAUUGCUUGGAGAAUUCAUAUUACAACUCCCGGCAAUAUGAGGAAGAUUUGAAGAAUUCCACCAUAACAAUGCCAAGUCAAGAGUAUGGCAUUAGUAGGUACACUGAAACUACCAGUGAGUAUGGUCUUAAUCCCUCAGGCUCCAGCAGCGAAACACUACAAACAAUAGGCUCUGAGAUAACAAAGCUACACUAA